UGGUGGAACCUGUACAAGAUCCUGGAGGGUCUGGGAGGGGUCUCAGGGUCUCUAGAGGGGAAAUUUGGGGUUCUUAAAGGGAAUUUCUAGAAAAUUUGGGCUUUAUCUAGGGAAUUCUUGGGGUCCCAAUAGGGAAUUUUGGGGUUCCUUUUGAGAAUUUUUGGGAAUCUUGGGAUCCCCAUAAUGAAAUGUUGGGGGAAUUAAAGGGAAUUCUGUACUAUUGGUGGGGAUUUUGGGACUAUACUGAGAAUUUUGAGAAUUAUGGGGUCUCCACCAGGAAUUAUUUUUUUAAUUUUGUGUCCAAACUUUGGAAUUUUUUGGUUAGUAUUGUGAACUUUUGCAAUGUUGGGGGCCUCAAAUGCAAUUUUGGAGGAUGCCAUAGGGAAUUUUUGGGGUCCGUAUAAAAAUGCUUGGGCCCAAACAUGGGAAGUUUGGGUUCUCUAGAGGAAAUUUUUGGGAUCUCCUUAGGGAAGAUUUGGGAAUUCAGGGUCCAGUGUGGGACUUGGGGAAGAGGGAAUUUUGGGUGCUGAAAUAUGGCAAUGAGCAGCUGGCAUGAAGGCUGUGAGACCCAGGGCUCUGAUUUUAUGGUGAUUUUGGCUGCAGUGGGGGUGUUUCAGGGGAUUUGGACUUGUCUGUAGGGGAUCUGGGAGGCUCUGGGACGUCUAAAGGGAGCCUAUGGGGAUUCUCUAGCAGACUGGUGUGGCUUUGUGGCCCUGGGAGUUUUCUGGGAGUCUGCAGAAAGGAUCUGAGGGCUCUGCAGGAUCCAUAAAGGGAGUCUGGGAGGUCUUUAGGAGCUCGAUAGGGGAUCUGUAGGGGACUAGGGAGGUCUGAGGGUCUCUAUAGAGCAUUUGGGCUUGUCUGUAGGGGAUUUGGGGGGCUCUGGGUGGUCCCUAAUGUGGUCUGGGACAUUUGUAGGGGAUCCAUAGGGGCCUGGCAGACUCUAUAGAGAGACCAGGUGGAUCUCAGAGUCUCUAGAGGAGAAUUUUGUGUUUCUUAAAGGGAAUUUCUGGGAAUUUUGAGCUCUCUCCAGGGAAUUCUUAUGCUCCCUCUAGGGAAUUUUGUGGUUCCAAUAGAAAAUUUUUGGGAAUGGUCCUUAAAGGGAUUUGGGGGUCUCUUGGGAAUUUUGUGGUCCCCAUAAGGAAAUUAUGGGGUAAUUAAAGGGAAUUUCAUAGUGUUUGUAUGGGAUUUUGGCACCUAUAUUGAGAAUUUUAAGAAUUAUGGGGUCUACACUGGGAAGUUUUUUUAAAUUUAUAUCCAGACAUGGGAACUUUUAGGUCUCUAUUGGGAAUUUUUGCAAUGUUGGGGUCCGCAAAUGGAAUUUUGGGGGAUGCCAUAGAGAAUUUUUGGGGUCUCUACAGGCAAACUUGGGUCCAAACAUGGGAAGUUUGGUUUCUCUACAGGAAAUUUUUGACAUCUCCUUAGAGAAUAUUUGGGAAUUCAGAGUCCAAAUGUGUGACUUGGGUGAGAGGGAAUUUUGGGUUCUGAAAUAUAGCAGAGAGCAGCUGGCAUGAAGGCUGUGAGACCCAGGGCUCUGAUUUUAGGGUGAUUUUGGCUCCCUUGCAGGGAUUCAGGCCAGUUUGGGUGAGUUUAGGUCCAUUUGGGUGAUUUUAGCAAAAACCGGACACUUUCAGGGUUGAUUUUCCAGCCAUCGGGGAGAUUGAAGGGUGAUUUGGGCCAGUUGUGUGGAUUUUUAAUCAGUUUGGGAAAUUUUAGACCCCUUGGUUAGAUUUUAAGGCUAUUUGGCUGAUUUUAGACCAAACCAUGUGAGGAUACACGGUGGAUUUAUGGGCCUUUGUCUGUGUUUAAGCUAAACCUGAUCAACUUUAGGAUGAAUUUUAGGCCACUUUGGACAAUGUUAGGGCCAUACAGAUGAUAUUAGACCCCUUUGUGUAGAUUUGAGGCACCUUUGGUUGAUGUUAGGCCAAACCUUGUGGAUUUAGGAUGCACUUGAUGCCUUUUAUUGGUGAUUUUAGGCCAAACCGGAUCCUUUUGGGACCGUGGGGCGCCUUGGCCCCGCCCCUUUUCCCUCACAAUUCCCGCCCUUCCCUUGACCCAUCCCCUCCCAGUUCGCGGUUCCGAACGGGGCAGGAGGAGGAGGGAGGGAGGAAGAGGCGGAGCGGCAGCAGAAGCAGGAGGGGACAAGAAGCGAUUCGACCCUGAGCACGGAGCUGCCUGAACUCGCAGCGCCCCCGGGACCAUCGCCCCCCAUCCCGCAGGAUUUUCCAGCCCUUGGCCCACGGGAGGCAGAGGCUGCGAGGAAGAGGAAGAUGGCCCAGGAGCCCCAGGCAGACAAGGAGCUGAGCACGGACACCAGAGAGGACAAAUCCCCACGGCACAACCUGGUGGAAGAGGCCGUUUGCAGCAGCUCGACGCAGGAAUCCAACGGGGAGGAAAAGCCGCGGAGAUCCCGCACCAGGAGGGGCUGCAAACGCAGAUCUCGGGUAUCUGAGGAGGAAAGACCCAGCCUGGGCCGGGCAGGCGGCCAGAGAUGGAGCCAGAGCUCGGACCUGGUGGUCCAUGAGCAGCUUUGUGAUGGGGAAAAGCCCCAGAAGUGCUUGGAGUGUGGGAUGAGCUUCAGAUGGAGGUCCCUCCUGAUCUGCCACCUGAGGAUCCACACUGGGGAGAGGCCCUACGAGUGUGGGGAGUGUGGGAAGAGGUUUCACUCCAGCAGCAAUCUCCUCAAGCACCAGCGCACGCACACAGACGAGAAGCCCUUCCGCUGCCCUGACUGCAGGAAGGGAUUCAGGGAUAACUCCCACCUGAUCUCCCACCGGCGCAUCCACACCGGGGAAAAGCCCCACGAGUGUGAAGAGUGUGGGAAGAGCUUCAAAUGGAUCUCAAACCUGAUCCGCCAUCAAAUGAUCCACAGUGGGGAGAGGCCCUACGAGUGUCCUAAAUGUGGGAAGAACUUUACCACCAGCUCCAAGCUACUCCAGCACUAUCAGACACACACAGGGGAGAGGCCCUACGAGUGUCCUGACUGUGGGAAGGGCUUCAGGCAAAACUGCCACCUUAUCAUCCACCGGCGCAUCCACACCGGGGAGAGGCCCUACGAGUGUGACGAGUGUGGGAAGAGCUUCUCCCACAGAGCAGCCUUGACCAAACACCAACGGAGGCACCAUUGAGGGAAGCCCUGCGAGUGCCCCGAGUGCGGGAAGAGCUUCAGAUGGAGGUACCUCCUGAUCUACCACCAGAGGAUCCACACUGGGGAGAGGCCAUACGAGUGUGGGGAGUGUGGGAAGAGGUUUCACACCAGCUCCAGUUUCCUCAGGCACCAGUGCAUGCAUACAGAUGAGAAGCCCUUCCACUGCCCUGACUGCGGGAAGGGAUUCAGACAAAACUCCCACCUGAUCUCCCACCGGCGCAUCCACACAUGGGAAAAGCCCCACGAGUGUGAUGAGUGUGGGAUGAGCUUCAGAUGGAGCUCCAACCUGAUCAGGCACCAGAUGAUCCACACUGAGGAGAGGCCCUACAAGUGUGAGGUGUGUGGGAAGGGCUUCAUGGAGCGAGGCAAGCUCAUCCUUCACCAAAGUAUUCACACAGGGGAGAGGUCCUACGAGUGUGACGAAUGUGGGAAGAGCUCUUCCCACAACUGAACCUUGGGAAGACACCAAUGGAGGCACCAGUAAGGGAAGCCCUGUGAGUGCCCCGAGUGCGGGAAGAGCUUCAUGCAGUGGUCCAACUCCAUCCCCCACUGCAGGAGCCACGUUGGGCAGAGGCCUGGUGACCCACAUUCCCUGGGAUCCAUGUUGAGUAGGCACUUACCUGGUUAUCCUUUUGUGUUGGCCUUCCGUUUCUCUCUCU